AUGACGACCCGGCGGGUGAGGCGGCGCACGUGCAGGGACAAGGGGAAGGGGAAGGAGGUUGUGGAGGAGGGGCGGGCGGUGGAGGCCGGCUCAUCGCCGCCGCGGGACUGGGUGCCGGCGGGGGAUGGGGAUGGGGGCGGCGAGGCGGUGGCCGGCGAGGCCGUGGACUGGACGCUGCUUCCGGAUGACACCGUGCUGCAGCUGUUUGGCCGGCUGAGCUACCGCGACCGCGCCAGCUUGGGGGCGACCUGCCAGACCUGGAGGGGGCUCGGGUCGUCGCCGUGCCUGUGGAGCACGCUCGACCUCCGCGCGCACCGUUGCGACGCUGAGGUCGCCUCGUCGCUGGCCUCGCGGUGCGGGGGCCUGCAGCGGCUGCGGCUGCGGGGUCAUGAGGCGGCUGUGGCGGUGGCCUCCGCCCUCGGCGCCCGCGACCUCCGAGAGGUGGUGGCCGAAGGCUGCAGGGGACUCACUGACGCCACUCUUGCAGUCCUGGCCGCUCGACACGAGGCGCUGGAGAGCCUCCAGAUCGGUCCAGACCCCCUUGAGCGCAUCUCCAGCGACGCCCUCCGCCAUGUCGCUCUUUGCUGCUCCCGCCUCCGUCGCCUCCACCUCUCGGGUCUCCGUGAAGCUGACUCUGAUGCCAUAGGAGCGCUGGCGCGCUACUGCCCCCUCCUUGAGGACGUUGCCUUGCUCGACUGCGGCACUGUAGAUGAGGCUGCCCUUGGUGACAUCCACUCCCUCCGAUUCCUCUCCAUAGCAGGAUGCUACAACGUGAAAUGGGCUACAGCAUCCGCCUCAUGGGCCCAGCUUCCCUUGCUAGUCGCCGUCGACGUCUCCCGCACUGAUGUCUCUCCAAAUGCUGUCGCUCGUCUAAUCUCCCACUCCAAAACCCUCGAGCUUAUAUGUGCUCUUAACUGCAAAUUUGUCGAAGAGGAACAAGCACACAGUCCCACUGCAUUUAGCAACUCCAAGGGCAAGCUUGUGCUUACCAUUACAUGCCCCAUUUUUAAAUCACUCGCUUCACUGUUUCCUGCCGAGGCUGUGGAGGAGCACGGCGUGUUCAAUGAGUGUAAUUGGAGGAACAAAAGGAAAAUACUUGGUGUCAUGAUGAACUGGCUCGAGUGGAUCCUAUCACAGUCGCUUCUUCGGAUUGCGGAGUGCAAUCCAUAUGGCAUGGAUGACUUCUGGUUGCAGCAGGGCACAUCAAUGCUGCUGAGCCUGGUGAAGAGCUCACAGGAGGAUGUGCAGGAGCGUGCAGCUACAACAAUUGCUACAUUUGUGGUUAUUGACGAUGAAACUGCGAAUGUGGAUGCUGCAAGGUCGGAGGCGGUAAUGCGGGAUGGAGGCAUUCCACUUCUGCUGGACCUUGCAAGGUGCUCAAGGGUGAGUGCUCAGUCUGAAGCAGCAAAGGCUAUUGCCAACCUAUCGGUGAAUGCGAAGGUUGCAAAGGUGGUUGCAGAUGAAGGAGGUAUCGCCAUUUUCACUAAUUUGGCUAAGUCGACGAAUCGACUUGUUGCUGAAGAAGCUGCUGGUGGCCUUUGGAACCUCUCCGUGGGUGAGGAGCACAAGGCGGCUAUUGCGGCAGCUGGUGGUAUAAAGGCUUUGGUUGAUCUUAUAUUUCGUUGGCCUGCUGGGACUGAUGGAGUUCUUGAACGUGCUGCUGGUGCGCUUGCAAACCUAGCUGCUGAUGACAAGUGCAGCUUGGAAGUUGCAAACGCUGGUGGUGUCCAUGCUUUGGUUACACUUGCUCGAUCAUGUAAACUUGAGGGCGUCCUAGAACAGGCGGCAAGGGCUCUAGCCAACUUAGCUGCACAUGGAGAUAACAACAACAAUAAUGCAGCUGUAGGUCAGGAAGCAGGGGCUCUUGAGGCAUUAGUGCAACUAACAUGUUCUCAAAACGAGGGUGUAAGGCAAGAGGCUGCUGGUGCUUUGUGGAACCUAUCAUUUGAUGACAGGAAUCGUGAAGCUAUUGCUGCUGCGGGGGGUGUUGAAGCAUUGGUUUCACUUGCACAACAAUGUCUGAAUGCUUCGGAAGGCCUUCAGGAGAGAGCUGCUGGCGCAUUAUGGGGACUAUCUGUCUCAGAAUCGAACAGCAUCGCAAUUGGACAGGAGGGUGGCGUUGCACCAUUGCUCACAAUGGCACAGUCAGAGGUUGAAGAUGUUCAUGAGACAGCUGCAGGGGCAUUGUGGAAUCUUGCUUUCUAUUCCAGCAAUGCUCACCGUAUAGUUGAAGAAGGUGGGGUGCCUAUACUUGUGCACCUUUGCUCAUCAUCAGGGUCAAAGAUGGCUCGGUUCAUGUCUGCGCUAGCCCUUGCCUAUAUGUUUGAUGGAAGAAUGGAUGAGGCCGCCAUUGUUGGGACAUCAUCUGAGGGCAGUUCCAAAGGUGUUAACGUCGAGGGAGCUAGAAGAAUGGCUUUGAAGCAUAUAGAGAUCUUUGUGUUGACGUUUUCAGAUCCACAGGUGUUCUCUAUGGCUGCAGCUUCCUCAGCACCAGCAGCGCUAUCUCAGGUUGCCGAAGCAGUGUUCAUACAAGAAGCUGGACACCUGAGAUGCAGUGGUGCUGAGAUAGGUAGAUUUAUUGCCAUGCUUCGGAAUCCUACGCCAGUUCUUCGUGCGUGUGCUGCAUUUGCCCUUCUUCAGUUCUCAAUCCCGGGAGGUCGACAUGCAACACACCAUGCGGACCUUCUGCAAAAUGUUGGAGCGGCUCGGGUCUUGCGUGCAGCGGCGGCAGCAACAUCAGCUUCCAUUGAGGCCAAAGUGUUCGCCAGAAUUGUCCUUAGGAAUCUGGAACACCAUCAGGCAGGGACUUCAACCUGA